AUGCCGACUCUCGAUAUCUCGAGUUUCAAUGUCGUCUGUGCCGUCAUGGGCGGCUUCGUCACUGUCUUUGGUCUCGUCAGCUACUUGUGCAAAGAACGCUUCUACCUCUCCGAAGCUUUGAUCGCAUUGAGCGCAGGGACACUUUUCUCCCAUGGGACUGGCUUCAUCAAGCCCCUGGACUACACUUUUGGGUCGGAAGAGCAGCUGGCCACGGCUACACUCUACUUCACUCGACUCGUUCUGGGCGUCCAACUAGUCUUGGCUGGUGUUCAGCUCCCAAGCAAAUACCUUUACAAGAACUGGAGAAGCUUGGCGUUGUUGCUUGGACCUGGCAUGACGGGCAUGUGGGUAUGUAGUAGCUUACUGAUUUGGGGAUUGGUGCCGCGCUUGAGCUAUUUGAACGCGCUGGCUGUUGCAGCGUGCGUGACCCCGACUGAUCCAGUUCUAUCAAAUUCAAUUGUCAAAGGCAAAUUCGCCGAUCAAAAUAUCGCGAAAGAUUUGCAGAAGAUCAUCAUCGCCGAGUCCGGUGCGAAUGAUGGGCUUGGCUACCCUUUCCUCUUUCUUGCCUUGUACAUCAUCAAGUAUGUAGGUAAUGACGGCGUUGGUGGAGUUCAUGGAGUGGGUUUCGCCAUGAGAGACUGGUUUGCUGAAACUUGGGCAUAUACUAUCAUGCUGAGCGUCGUGUACGGGGCAGCCGUGGGCUGGAUCGCGCAGGAAGCACUGCAUUGGGCGGAGAAGAAGAAUUUUGUCGAUCGAGAGAGCUUUCUAGUGUUUGCAAUCACUCUAGCUCUUUUCGUCACUGGCACUUGUGGUAUGAUUGGCACCGACGACGUGCUUGCAUGCUUCAUUGCGGGAAACUUCUUCACGUGGGACGAUUGGUUCCGGCUCGAGACACUUGACGACUCAUUUCAGCCGACGAUCGACAUGCUUCUCAACUUAUCUAUUUUUAUGUGGUUUGGUGCUGUUGCCCCAUGGGGCAGCUUCGCUCAUAACGAUGUGAUCCCGAUCUAUCGGCUUGUACCUCUGGGCGUCCUCAUUCUUCUGCUUCGCAGACUGCCUGUCAUUUCCGUCCUGCACUGGAAGAUUUGGCAGAUUGAAGAUGUUCAGGCCAUGCUAUUUACAGGAUUCUUCGGUCCGAUAGGGGUAAGCGCUGUCUUCUACUUGUACCUUGCCCUUGAAUUCUUGAAGCGUAUCGAGGACAACGAAAAAAAUCAUGAGGAUACCGUCAAGCUAGGAGAUCAACUCACAAUAAUUGUCUGGUUUCUCGCCAUCUGCAGCAUCGUAGUUCAUGGAUUGAGCGUUCCUGCUGGCAAGUUGGGCUACCACUUGCCUCGGGCAUUGUCCAGCACAGUACGAUCAGGGCCAGAGACCGUCGAGCUAGAACGUUCAAUUUCCUUACGCGGAACAACAAUAUCUCGUCCACAAAUGGACAUACAAGAUGGGGAACAGGUGAAUGAACGGGGCAAUAGACCGUAG